AUGAGGCACCGCGUGGCCGACUGGUUUGCAGCGGGUUUCUUCUCCUAUCUCAGCCGUUGCCUUGCGGCGUCAGCGUACCCUGAGUGCCUGCCAUACUCGUGCCUGUGGACGUACCUCUCGGUGAGUGUGACGCCAAGUCCGAGCCUCCACUUCUUGGUCCUGGACUGCUCUCGUGAUGACUGUCAGGCGGACGGGCUCUCUCAGGCACAUCGUUUGAGGCACGAACCCGUGGUGGCGGAGCUGGUCACGAUGUGGGGACCGGCGCCGCUGGCUGCGGACGACCUCCUCGCCCAGCAGCUUGAGACAGCAGGUCCCUACACGGUGCACGAGGUCACCCUGGCUCUCAGCCCGCGAGCGGGCGACUGGAAUGAGGAGAUCCGCAGCACCACGAAGCUCUACCUCGGCGAGGGCGUGAGCUACGACCUUGCGGUCGUGAGCAGCGGCAUGGGGCUCGAGCUGUCCACGAAAGAGCACGCGGUGUUCGACGUGGCGGCCAUUUCUCUGGGCAUGACGAAGGACCCGGGGGCUGCGACGAUCUGCCCAGACCUCAUCGCCCCCACGGCAGAGAAGUUCGACCGCGUCGCGGCCAUCCUCCUGCUAGUUGGCAAGGCGCGUGAGGAGUGCUCGGAGCUUGCGCGGCAGGAUCCCAAGGGGAACACAGACAAGGAGCAGGGGCGGUCAGAUCGGUGGCCCGCGGUGUCGAGCGAGAGCUUCAUCGCGUUGAUCCCCCGGUUCAUCCUGUCGGAGCCGGGGCAGGGGCGGAGGGCCGGUGAUUGGGCCGAGGCGCCCACUCGGCAGCGAGAGCCCGACGGGCCUGAUCCGCCGCUUCCGGCGCCGCGGCUCGCCCCCUGGGGCGACGACAGCCGCGACCAGCGAGACCGACGAGCCCGCGCUUUUGCUGCCCGGCUUGGCCGCGCCUUCGGCGCUGAGGUCGGCCCCGCCCUGGGCCACUGCGCCCCGGCUGGCGCCGCCGGCGAGGCCUCGGACAGCGCGCGGGAGGGCCUGCAGCCUGGUCCAAGGUCGAAGGAGGUCCACCUGGUCGACCAGUCCCUCGUUGGGCCCGCGAGCUCCGCGGGCUUGCUCCUGUUGACCGCGCGGACUCACCGCCGGCGCGGCCUGCCAGCCAAGGCGCAAGUGCUGCCUCGGGCCUGGCUCACGCCGGUGGGGACGAGCGAGUCGGCCAAGCUGCUCAGCUACGACCACCUGGAGCCCCGGCGGGCCGAGAGCCCGCUGGCGCUGCCCCGAGUCGGCCGAGACGUUGCGCCGCCGCUGCUCGACCCGAGGUUCGCGAUCUGGGCCGCCCAGCUCUCCCGGGUUGUGGUCGAUGUGGGCUUGGUGCCCAGGCCACUCCAAGCGCGCCUGCGGCGGCGCGGGAUGGCCUGCCGCGGGUUGGCCGCGCGGGGCCGCCCCUCGGCGGAGAUCGUGAAGCACGGUUUCGGGCCGGACGACAGCAGCGCGCGCCGCUACCAGAGCAAGCUCGCGCAACCCUGCUGCAGCUGGCCUCGGCCGACGCGCGGCAGCAGACGGGGUACCGACGCGCUGAAUUUCUACGUGACCUACAUCAGCAGCUCAUUCAACAUGCACAUACUCUCCGAGUUUCCCAGCAUGACCAGCUUUCCGACCGACAUGCAGCACGCGUUGCAUACCUGGUCCAGCAAGCAGCGAUUCUACAUUAUUUUCGCCAUGGAGGACAUCCAGCUUGGUUCAAAUAUGAUCAGCGUAUAUGACAGCAACUCCUCCGAGAACGUGCACAGCUGCGUGACAAAGGCACGGCGGUCGAUGACAUCUAACUCAAGCUCAUUCCUCGCCGAUUCCGCGAACAUGCCCAAUGGAAACGGGCAUGGUGGCAUCUUCUUCUCGACUAACAAAUCACCGAAGCUUACCGCCACCGCGACCUCUCACGAGUCGCCGAGUUCAGCAGACUUCGUGCAGGCACUAAAGCAGUCCCCAAGAAACGUAAUUACAUGCGAAGUGGGAGGUCGAGUUUGCAAAGAGACCGAAGAGUACCUCGAGAAAUGCCAGUCAGAGGACCCUCAGCCCGAACCACUUAUCGACGUAGAGACCCUCCAGACCGAAGUCGCCUUCCUGAGCGCCGACAAGACCCAUGACCCGAACACCGCCAAGCUGAUCCUUGGCGCCAAGGACUGGCAGGACCGAGGCUUCCUGCUCGCUGGCCCUUGCCCAGAAGGGAACGCGAAGCACCACCUGGACCCAGCCCCAGCGGACUGGCUGGAGGAGGAGAUAUCGAUAUGGCUAGACUACUUCCGACGAAUGACAGGUCCCGGAGUGUCUGCCACCUCUGCCUGCCACGGUUCGCCCAG